CUGAUCCCUUUCAUCUUUCAUCGUCGUUGAAGGGAACAGAGCAGCAAGUAGCCGGAUCUCCUUUCAUCGCACCAUCGCACCAAUGGAGAUUUCGUGGUUGGAACAUCGGAACAUCGCAACAUCCUCCUGAUCCCUUUCAUCUUUCAUCGAUCUUCAGCAUGCCUCUCACAACAGUUGUUGGCAGCUCUGGAGCUGGCAAGACUACCUUUAUGCAGGAUGUCCAUAAGAGCCACCGGUGUGUCUACGUUCGGCAGUAUCACUCCCUCCGCCCAUACAUCCCCGUCGCUGCCAUUCCCGACUUCGACGAAACCGAACUUCCGUUCUGGAAUAUCUACAAACAAGAGGGAACAGCUGAAACGAUCAAAGUGGGUGGGACCAUGGCCGGCGCCUUCACUGCUGGACUCAGUGGAGGUCAGCGCAAGCUCUUCGUCUUUGAACUCAUCUACCAGCGCACAAAACGUCAAAGAGAUCUUUUGAUUUGCCUAGAUGAGCCAUUCGCGGGCGUCACUGAUGACUAUGUGCCUUGGGUUGUCGACAGACUCAACCUUAUGCGUCGGCAUCACAACAUCUUGCUGGUGACCAACGAUCACGUGCAAGCCUUGACAGGAAUGUCAGACAACACCAUUACGGUAUCUGCUGUUGAUCGAUCUGUGGUCACGGUCAACAACAAUGAACGUGUAGAUCGAGAAAAGGCCAUCAUGGCUCUCUCCGUGGGAGAAGCGUAUGCCUAUGAAGCUUCUGGUGCUGAUUAUAACUUCUUUGUUGAUGCGGAAAUGAAGAAGAAUGCCAGUGUCAUGGGUGUUGCAACCUACGCCAUCUGUGCUUUCGCGCUCUUUAUUCCUACAUUCUGGGGCACUGCGCAAGAAGGCGCUGCCUUGGUCCUGAUUGCUAUUGAUAUGAUUGGAUACUUUGCCAUCAAGCCAUAUCUCCUCAGUUUGGUAGAUUGGCGCAACUACGUUUCUGAGGAAGCGGAAGCCCUUAUGCAUUCCAGCAAGGGGAAACAGAAACUCUGGAAGACCUACUUGACAAUGUGCAUGAUCCUCCUUAUUUCGCUAUUGCAGUAUGGGCUUGCAAAUGCCGUCAUUGACGGCUUGGGAGAUUUCACCUAUUGGAUUGCCAUCUUUUUUGAUUCAGGAAGUCUUACGUUUCCUUCCAUUUGCCUCGGUUUGUAUACCAGUCUUCCUCUUGAGGCAGUUGCUUCCAUCUCCAGUCUUCCCUUUAUGCUUCUGAUCUUCUUCUCGACAACCUAUUCUCCCGGGUCUGGAAUUGCAGUUGUCAAAGAGUUCCGAUACUUGUUCAGUCGCUUCUACUUGUGGUGCAUGACUCCUGGUGUUUCGCAUCUCAUGGAAGGCUGUCCUGCCAGUCGGAGCCUCAACGUGCUCUACCUGGUCCUGACGGGCUCCUUGGGCGUCAUCAUCUUCCUGGUUUGCAUGCUUGUCAAGAACACCCGCCUCAACAUGAAACGAGACCGAAAAGAAAAGAAGAGAAAGUCAAUGGCGCAGGAUGCAGAGUUUCAGAGCCUGCAGCUUGAACUGUAUGGAGUGGGACAGCACGCCAGUAGCAAAGAAUUACUGACCGAGGAACGACAAUCAUCGUUUUCCGAAUCUGGUGGCAAGAGUAUGUUUGCAUCCAACGACAACUCGUUUUCGAUAUCUUCGUGUGACGAUAGCGGUGUGAUCUGCUUUGAAGUCUGAAGCACGGAAACCGCAGCAUUCAAAAUGUGACUGAUCAUUGUACGUUGCAUGCAAAGCAAAAAGUAGCAAGCAAUCCACUUGUUGAAGUAUGGCAUGCUUUUUUGUUCCAUGAAGUUCUGUCUUCUGCAGUCCUCUACGGCUCUUCUCACCUCUUUUAACGAAGGAUUGUCAGACGAUAGGAGUACCAGUAUAAAUACGAUAGUAGUAAGCUAAAUGACAGAAAGAUGACAAAUGC